UACUCAUUGUACAGUCAGUGCUUUUUCAUUCACUACCAGUUCUGUUGUCUCUUUACCCGGUGCUUGUUGUGGACGGCGUGGUUCUCAACAGAGGACGGGGCCCUCGCUAUAUUGCUAACGGCGUUACUAUAUUUCUGACAAACAACCAAUCUGUUAAUUAUUAAAAGGAGGUGAUACCCAGAGUAAUUACAAGGCGAAUUAAAUUUUCUUUCCCCGAUUACUGCUGCAAUUUUGUCAGUCUUUGCAAGUUGCUGAAGCAAGACAAAUACUUGUAAAAAUUCAUUAAAAUAUAAUACGAGGAAUAUCUACUAAUGCAUUCGUAAGAAAGAACCAAAAUGUCACAACUAGAUUCACUUGUAGACCUUUCAGAAUCCCAACCAAUGACAGAAUCGACCGGCAAUAUGGACGAGUUUGACCCUUUGUGUCCAACAUCAAAUACGGAAGCCAAAGAUGUUGACGGAGGACUGUUAGUUGAUCUGAGUGUGGAAACCCAGGAAAAGCCGAAAGAAAACGGUAUUUCAAAUAAUUUUGAUACAGAUUAUGAGGUAAAAGACGACGAAGACAUGUCUGAAGAAAACGAAGGACACAUCUAUGCUAACAGUGAGCCACUUGCUCAUCCCGUGUAUGAGAAUGUCAGUGUGAAUGGUAAAGCAGACAAUGACGAUACAUACGAAAAUGUUAUGAAAGAAACAGGUAAUGACCAGGAGAUAAGUGUUACACUCAAGACGGAAGAGUCUAGUCCUUUGUAUGACACUUUACCUUCCUUGAAGAAAGAGAUCGAUAACAAUAAUGACGAAGAUGAUAUCGUCGUUGUUUCUGAUACAAUGGAUGAGAUGGUGGUUCAUGAUAUUGAAAAAGAAAGCAAACCAGCAGAGGAGGCUGCUUCUGUGACAGAAGAGGAUAAUGCUAUCGAAGCAGAAGUUGAAAUAGAAAUUCCACAAACGCAGGAGGAAGAACAGCCCAAGUCUCCAUCUCACAGCCGGAGCAAUAGUGCCAGUCCUACGGAAAGGCCUGCAAGCCCGACUCCAGCUAGUGAUGAAGAACCACAUGAACCAAAUGUCUGUCAUAGCCCAAGCCCAAGUAUGUCCGAUGAGGAAACUGCUAACAUAGCUGCUACUUCGGAAGAUAACGAUAACGAUACACGCCGUGAUUCGAUGCACAGCCCAGUCCCGACGCCAACUCCUAGGAAAAGAACAAGCUUGUGUCAUGGUAAAAGCCCAGAAUUUGAUAUUAAUAAAGAAGCGUGUCGAAGCCCUAGUCCUAAGGAACCUAGUAUCAGCUCUGAAGGGAGAAAUACACGAAGCCCAAGUCCUGACGACAUGAUAAUCCACCAGGAAGAGGAAAUCAUCAAAAACGGAGAAACUCAGUCAAUGUCUAAUACAAAUGCCACCUUCACUGAAACCAGAUGUGACCCUAACUUCAACGCUGUUAAAGCCGAUUCUGUGGAACCGGUUUCUCCAGAAAACCAACAAAGGAGAGACAGCGAUGAAAGCUAUAGAGUUAUGGUGGGCAGGACUGAAGCUGGCAUUUUUGAGAAUCAACCAGUUGUUCUAGAUGGAGUUGUCCGUUGCCAUGAUUCUGUUGGUGAGGUUAAACUUCCAGAAGAAGGUACUGCUAGAAAUUUGGCUCAGAAGUUCAAGGAAUACGAAAGUGAAAGUCUGAAACCAGUUAUUUCCAGUACUACUCCAGUUUCAGUUAGGUGUGAACAAGAUAAAACUGAAUUUGUCUCAGAACCGAAAACCCAUAUUGAAACUUAUGAAGGCAAACCUGAUUUAGGAAUCUUUGAAAGUCAACCUUCAGACCUCCCUGAAGACAUUACACCUGGGUUUGUGAAACCUGAUGAGAAGUUGCCAGAAAGGGGCACAGCACAAAAUUUGUUGGACAAAUUCAAAGAUAUUCAAAAAUCUGCAAGCGAAAUAGUGGUCAGUGGUCAACCAGAUUUAACUCCUGAUCUAGCUUCCAAAACUGAAUAUGUCUCAGAACCACGCAGUACAUUUCAACCAUAUUGUGGUACAACUGAAAGUGGUAUCUUCGAAAGCAAACCCGUCUAUGAUCCAGCUGUUAUCCGUCCUGAAGAAGUGGACACCGAAGACAUAUUGCCAGACGAAGGUACAACUAGGAAUCUACUUGCUAAGUUUUCAAAAUUACAAGAAGACAAACCUUAUAUUUCGAAACCACCCAUCGACGUUAUUACUGCAAAAGAAGCUGGUCCAACCAUUGCUGAAAGUCAGCCAGUUAUCCUCAGUGAUGUUUUCAAAGAAACCGAUGUUGCAGAGGAAAAACUGCCUGAAAGUGGCCAAACAAGAAGUCUUUUAGCAAAGUUUCGAGAAAUUGAAAGUGGAGCUGGUUCCCAGUCCGCUUCUCCUCGAAGUCGCAAGGAGUUUACUCCGCCACGUGAGGAUCCUCGUGGGCUUAACAAAGAAGCUGCUGUGAGUGGUGUCUAUGAAAACACUCCGAAAAAGGGUUUAGAAUAUGAACCGACGAAAAUAGAAGGAGGAAUCUUUGAGAAUCAACCUGUCAACCGGCAAGAUGUGACAAAGGAAGCUGAUACAAGCGGAGAAGCUCUUCCGGAAAAGGGAACAGCACGUAGUCUUCUGUCGAAAUUUAGCAAAAUUGAAAACAAUGCGCCCAACGCAACUUCACCAAGAUCUUUAAAAGAAUUUACUCCUCCCAGAGAUGACUUACCAGUUAAAUCUACAGCUGUAACUAACAAAGUAACUUCAGAGAACGAACCUCAAUAUCGGUGUGAUAUCUCCAGGGAAGCUGAUACUGAUUGGAGUGAGGGCUUACCAUCGAAGGGAACAGCAAAGAGCGUUGUUGAUAAAUUCCGUAACAUUCAAGAAGAAGCCAAAAAAGAUUUGGCCAAAGGAAUGCCCAAAAAGGACAAAGGGAACAAAUUUGCACCUGUCCACGUCGAGAAGUGUGCUGCAUGUGAAAAAACAGUUUACGCAAUGGAACGCGUUGAAGCCAACAAAAACAUCUACCACAGAAGCUGCUUAAAGUGUUCACACUGCAAUACCAAGUUGACGUAAGGCAUCACACUGUUGUUACUCGUUAUGAAAACUUAUUCAUCCACUGGCUACAGGUCAAGUUGCAACUUUUAGUCAGUCCCUUCCACCAUCUUCAAAAUAACACACCCCAUCUUCAAUUAGCUGACAAUUCAUUUCUCUCACUCUCUUUCUUCCUCCCUGUCUGUCUCUCUCUCUCUCUCUCUUUUCCUCUCUACUUAUAUUAACAUUUCCACUCUUGAGUAGCAUUCCAAAAAAUGGUCCAAGAGUUCGACUCUAUUCAUUAAUUGUUCUUUCAGUGCCAUAUAUCAUUCAGUACUAAUCACAAUUCUCACUUUAUUUCUAUUCCCUUGUCAUGCUUGGAAAUUCCUUUUGAGCUGAUCAAGAUAGCACAGUAACCAUUUCAAAGUUUGGCAUUUUAAUCUCACAUUAAAGAUUUUAUGAAGUCUAAAUAACUUAAAGGAAUUACUAUUUCACUCGUUAGAAUAAAGCAGCUUAAAAUCAUGAAAGAAAGGUCAAUGUAUUUUCUUACAGAAAUAUUACUAUCUAACCUUGUUAAUAUGAAGGUUACAGAUAAAAGAUAUGUUGUCAACAUGAUAUCUUGAAGAAAUUCAUAUGUGCAUUUUUCAGUAUGCUAAUGUUGUCAGUGUAAAGUUUAAGAUAGGUAUAACAAUAUAGAAGACUUAGUUGAAUAAUUUACUUACGUUCAUUUAAAUGAAAAUGUGAUUUUACUGCUUUCAUUAACCCUGUCAGGCCUGGGCCCCUGUGUCUAUCUUGACCCUCCACCUGAGCUCCUGAGCCAAAAAAAUUAACAGUUGUAUAUAAAGCUCAAGAGUAAUGAUUGCAGGCAAACUAAUGGACAGAAUCAGCUGCAUCUUCCUAUUCUAUGUGUGUUGGUCAUUACUGCUUUACUGAAAACCCAGCAGAGAUGAUGUUUAACCUAUUCCUGCUGUAGAAGGAAUACAGCAUGACAGGGUUAAUGCUUCAAUAUUCAACUAGCAUAAUUGAGUGAAUGACUUAUAAAUACAUUUGUUGGUUAUUCGAACUUGAGAGAGCAGCUAUUGUUAGUCUAAAUAGAAAAGUUUUUUUGUAGGUAAUUAAUAUGCUAGUGGUAUUUCUAAAAUACUAACUAUGUAAGUAUGUUUCUUUAAUAGUAUUUGUUACAUGCAUGGGGAAACUAUUGCACUAAGUUUACCUUUGUUUAGUUCAUUUGCAUUUCGCAGUAGGUUCUCCCACCAACUGAAUUUCUCCGACUCAAGUCACACGAUAAUUUCUGUUGAAAUGUUGAAAUUAAUCUCUCGUCCUUUUAAUACACAAUUUGAAUUUGGAGCUAAGCAUUGGCUUUAUGAAACUCUGUGAUUGAAGUGAAAUUUGUCUUUGUGCAUGUAUAUGUGUACUGUGCAAGUGUAUUGUGUGUAUUGUGUGUGUGUGUGUGUAAAAAUAAUGGGGUUUUUUUUUAGUAAGUUAGUAGACCAUCCUGUCAUACAAACAAUCAUACAUACACCCACAUAAUAACUUUAGAAAUAGUUUUAUUCUGGUUUCAUUUAUAUAUAUACAUAUAUAUAUAUAUCUUUUUCAACUUUUCAUCAUUAACAUUACAUCUAUCUUUUUCCAUGUUAUUUUUAGAUCACCCGAACUAUCUUACAUUUUGCCUAUUUUUUUUAAAACUCUGUCAGCGUCUGCACAUAUAUCUAUCAUUUAUCCAUCUGGUCAGCUAUUUUCAUCUAUUCUUGUGGUAUCAUGUAUUUGUAAUCUCUCUUUAAGCUGACUUAUUCUACAUUCAACAGGGUUUUUUUUUUUAAGCAUCUUUUUUUCCUGCCAGAUAUUUGCAGUACAUUUUCAUUGUCAUUCUACGUUUUACUUGUAUUACAUGUUUUGUAGAGAAAUAACAUUCUAAAGAUUACACUAAGAUAAACCUUCUGUUAAUCUGGAGAAGAAUAAACAUUGUAUAGAAUAAGCUAAGAUAAACCUACUGUUAUUAAUCGGGGGAGGGAAAAAAAGUACAAUUUAAUUUCAAUCUUUCUCUCAUUUAUUUUGUAUGAAAGUGUGUAUGUCUGCUUGCUUAUAAUUAAUGUUUGGUUUCAUAAUGAGAUAAAAAUAAAUAGACUAAAUUAUAGAUAAUGAAGAUAAUUCCAGGUUUUAAGCACAGUGUGGAAUGUGGAAUGUAGAAGGCUGUUGUCUUUACAGUUCGCUGUGUGAACAUUUUUUAUUAAGGUGUCAUCUAGUAUAUAUAUUUCUCAACUAUAAUUCUAGAUAUUUUUCAGAAACAAUUUAAGGCUACAUUGUUGGUUGUAAACAAGCAUCAUCAUCACACAAGUGAGGUAGUUUGCUUCCAGUUGUCUGCGAAAAACAUGUCUGGCCAUGGGAGAAAUAUUGCCUAACUUGUAAACAGGUGAGGGUUGGUGACAGGAAGGGCAUCCAGUCGUAGAAAAUAUAAUUUUAAUGUCCACUUUUCCAUGCUUUCAUGGGUUGGACAGAAUUUGUUGAGGCAGAUUUUUUACAGCCAGAUGCCCUCUCGCCAACCCUCACUUGUUUCCAUGUACAGUGCUAUUCCUCAUAACCACACGUAUUUGGAAACAAACGGUACCAUUUGCCUGAUGGUGAUGCUUGUUUUCUUUUAGGCAGGGAGACAGUAACACACACACACACACACACACACACACAUAUAUAUGUGUGUGUGAUGGGCUCUUUUAGUUUCUGUCUACCAAAUCUGCUUGCAAGGCUUUGGUCAGCUUAUGUAAUGCAGCGUGAAAAUUUUAAUUUUAAUGUAUUAAUUGAAUUAUAUUUUGUAUAUAAUUAUUUACAAUAUGUAUUUUGAACCCACUCUUCGAUUUAAAGGUUUGUUUAAAUGGGUGUUGUUUAAGUUAACCUUUCAAAGAAGCCUUUCUACAAAUUUCCUCAAAUCAUGCAAAGCAAACAGUAUGGAAAUCUUAUUAUAUACAGACUGACAGACUGACAAGCAAACAGAUUUUUUUAUUUUCUUUUUGUCUAUUUGUUUCAGUCACUGCACUGCAGCCAUGAAGGGUCACUGCUUUUAAUGAAUUCUUAGUCGAAUAAAUCAAACUCUGGACUUUUUUUUUGUUUUUAAAGCUCUGUACUUAUUCUGUUGGUUCUCUUUUGCUGAACCGCUAAGUUAUGGGGGUGUAAACACACCUAAUAUAUACGACGGGCUUCUUUCAGUUUCCGUCUACCAAAUCCAUUCACAAGGCUAUAGUCGGCCCAAGGCUACAGUAGAAGACGCUUGCUCAAAGUGCCUCGCAGUGGGACCGAACCAGAAACCAUGUGGUUGGUAAGCAAGCUUCUUACCACACAGCCACACCUGCGUCUAUAUGCAUAUUUUAUGUCACUAACAUCUUGCUGAAAUAUUGUUUUUUCCCAAAAUAGAUUCUCCUAUUACAUUAUUAUAUUUCUGUUAUUAUGAAACUUCUUAAUUCCGAUCAGCUGGCUGCCCUUACAAUAUCUUUAUGGUAGCAGCUCUAGCAUGCAUACAGCCUUAAAGAACAUUAGCUGCGAGAAGCAAAAUUAUUUGGUGCUUCUGUUUCUUUAUUCAACCAACAAGAAAUGAGAACUUAUAUAAAGCGAAUAUAUUAAUGAAAACAAGCAAAAAUAAGUGCAGUGAACUUAAGAAAGGUCCGUCGGUUUUAAUUUCGUUUUGUUAACGAUAUCAUGAAACUGGAGUCUAAUAAUAAAUACACCCAGGUUGUGAUUUAGUUUUAUUGUAGACAUGUGGAGUGUACUGCUUAGUGUAAUGUGAGGCUUAUUUCAUGAGAGUAGGUAGGUGCAGCGUGCCCCAGUCAUACUGGUGUGGUGAAACCUAGUUUAAACGGUUUAUAUAAAAAGAACGUGGUGUAAGUUACAGCUAUGACUUUGAAACAUUUCCAACUUGUAAGUGGGUUGUGCAGAAGGGAGAGAACUCUUAUGGCUCGGCAAUGAAGGGGGUGGGAUUUCGGGAUGUCAUAAUCAUCGUCUUGUAUAAUAUUUCCCGAUUUCUUAGCUUACACUAACCGUGCCAUCAAACGUUUUUAUUAAUCUGACAGUUUUAACUGUGAUGGUUGUGCUUUAGACUAAGACAGCGAGCUGGCAGGAUCUGUAGCACGCCGGACAAAAUGCAUAACGGCAUUUCGUCCGUCUUUAGCUUUCUGGGUUCAAAUUCCGCCGAAGUCGAUUUUGCCUUUCAUCCUUUCGAGACCGAUGUAAUCGGACUUAUCCCCUUGCCACGAAAUUUCAGACCGUGUUCUUAAAGCAGAAUUAUUAUGCUUUAGAUUUUCGACACUUAUGUUCUCAGUUCAGAUUUCGUCAAGAUCGACUUCGCCUUUUCGUCCUUACACCUCCUAAAUUUACUGGUCAAAAUUCAAAACCGUUAGUAUACUUUAAAUUUAGGCUGACUGUGUCGUUCGUAGGCUUAGAGGAAUUUUUGUUUUUUUUUGUUUGUUUUUCUUUUUCUUUUUUUAAAUAAAAUGUUGAAUUGUGAUAAAAAUCAAAUACGAACACCAUUGCUGUGUUCAUAGGAAGGGUUUAAAGAGGAGAGCGAUUCCGCUUAUCUGACUGUUUACACAUUUCAUUAGGCAUCUUAGGUUCCUUCAAGUAUGUGAUGCUUAGCUUGUCAAAAUUGUCUCUGGGAUAGGUUCACAAUUUUGCUUUGAUGAGAACACUUGUGAUAGAUCAAAUUAUGACACUCCUAAAGCAUUUUAGCAUUAAAUUAGGAAGAGUCCUUUUAGAACAAUUUACAGACUUGACAGCUGCUAAUUGACGAAGAAAAUAUUUAGAAAAUAUUUUUUUCACUUGAAUCUUUUCAUUGUAAUUUUUUUUCGAUGUUAAAGACACAUUUUUAUCAUUACUAAUAUCCAGCUAAGUAAACGUGUAUGAAUCAUAAACAUGUUAUGGCUGUAUCGUAUUAUUUUAGUUAACGGUUGAUAUCUUUUUCUUUUUUCUUUUUUUUUCCAUCUUUUACUUGUUUCAGUCAUUGGACUGCAGCCAUGCUGGGGCAUCGCCUUGGAAGGUUUAGUCAAACAUAUCAACCCUCAUUACUUUAUAUAUAUAUAUAUAUAGCUUGGUAUUUAUUCUAUCAGCCUCUUUUGCUAAACUGCACAAAAGUUACUGGGACAUAAACAAACCAACACCAGUUGUCCAGCAAUGGUGGGUUGGAAAACAACCACACCUGCACACACACACGUGUGUGUGUGUGUGAUGGGCUUCCACACAGUUUCUGUGUACCAAAUUUGCUCCGAAAGUAUUGGUUAGCUCAGGGUAGUAAAACACAUUUGCCCAAGGUGCUGUGCAGUAGGACUGAACUCAAAACCACACGGUUGCAAAGCAAGCUGUUUAACCACACAGCCAUGCUUGUGUUUGUUGCCAUGGAGCAUCAGGGUUUUCUUUUCAUCAUGCUUUCAUCUAAGUCUGUUUCAUAUUCAUUAAUAUUGAUGCUAAAGAUAGGGUUUUGUGAAUUACCGAGCAUAUACAAAAAAAAAAAAAAAAAAAAAAAAAAAAAAAGAA